AUGCAGGAGUGGUGUGGCCCACUGCCCGUGUAUGGGAUGACCGCGCGGCAGCAGCGGAAGUGGCAGAUGUUGUGGCAGCUUGCCAUGCCCACCAUGGCGAGGCCCCAACAGGCGCCCCAUCGAGCCCGGGCUCGGGCGGUCCAUAUGUUCCCCGGGGCCGGUCGGAUCCUAGAGCAGGGUGGGAACCCCGGCAGUUAUCGGGCCACAGAGGGGCGUGGGGUGAGCCCCGGAGAUCAGCCCACAGCCGGGCAUGGGGUGAGCCCCGAGCAUGUGGAAGAAGCAGAGGAGACUGGCAAUGCAGGCAGCACCGAGCCGGCAUGGAUGAUGAGCCCAAUGGAGCGUGCCUGCUUGGAGUUUUGCAUUGAGCUGCUCAACCAGCGCCACCGUGCCCAUGAAUAUGAAAGCCCCCUUGUGUGUGCCAUGGCGGUGCUCGGCUGGGGGGAGACUGGGUGGCGUGAUCCCGACAGUUACCCCCCCAUUUUAUCGCGGAUGAUUGUGACGGCUCAGCUCAGUGCUUUCAUGAACAUUCAUUGUCAGCAUGGCAAACAAUGCCAUGAAAGCAAUCGAGACAAACAGCUGCUUAGCGAGGCCACACACAACCAUAUAUAA